AUGGCGGGUCCUGGAUCUGUGGUAUCCUCCUUAUUCAUCAUGAUGAAUAAGAAAACAUACAUCUUGCUUCGCAUUGAGUUCCUGGUGGUGACGGUCACAUUUCUGUUCCUUGCUAUGUCCAUCAUGGACAUCUUCCGUCGCCGCUUUCACAGCCCGAUUAUCAUGUCCAUCUUUAACAUCCUGGACACUGUGUCUGACUCCAUAGUGGUAUACAUCCUUGGAGCCAUGAAAACAGCAAGGAUAAAGAAUCAGUUAUUCCCAGUGUGGGCUAUUGUUCUUGUCAAUUUCCGCAACAGCAUCGAUUUCAUCUCUGGGUAUGGUGUUCCUGACAGACGUGGUCGACGGUUCACUGAGUGGAGAAUUGUAAUCAAGCUCUUGGGAGUAGGAUUCCUGAACGGAUCCAGCGAUUCCAAGUUUUUGCUCCCUCUCUGGUCCCUCUGGGCGUGCAGUUCAAGCCUCAUUUCAGAGUACAUGCGAACUGAUCGUGAACCUGGCAACUUUAGAGAUGCAGACUGUGACCCGCAGACAAUGCAAGGAUACAAAUACCUGGUCUAUGGAGAAACAAAGCGAAGUGUCACGCUGAAGAAGCCUCAGUAUGUUCUCCGUAUAGACCCUUGCAAGCAGCAACGGAGGAGAAGAAGAAACACAAGCAUAGAUACACUCACCACACUGGACAAAAUCUGGCAGUCUGAUGGCCACCUUCUGCAACGCCACAACGACAGUAGUAGUCAGGGUGACGACUUGAAGGAUCUCUCCCUUGCCUUUGCGUUGUACAGGUUGCUCCGGUGCAAGCUUGAAGAUGUGACGCUGCACGAGGACGCUAUUCGCGUUAACCAAAAGCUGAUCAGAGCAAGAAUUGCUGAGGAGGAGAAUGACAUGCGCACCUUUAGGGUCAUGGAACUUCAGCUUGCUUUCCUCAAUGAUUACUUCAACACCCGCUACCCGAUGGUGUUCUGGUGUGGUCUCCCUUCACUUUUCAUCAGCCUCGCGCUGUCUGUGGUGACCUUUGCUGUGGUAUGCUGGCUUUCUGUGGACAUCCGCAGGGUGAUUAAACCCCCAGAGGGUGAUACCACCCACCAUGUGCAUGGAUUCAACGUCGACGUCAGUAUCACUUGGGCAUUCAUGUUUUUCAUGAUGUUCAAGGAGAUAUGGGAGAUAGUUAACUACUUGCUAUCGGACUGGACAAGAUUACUCCUCACAUGCUUAUACCAACGGUGCAAGAGUAAAUGUGUGAGAAAUAGGUUUGCAGAGGGAAUAAUACUAUCCUUCUUCAAAUCUAAAAUUAUUAACGAACGGUGGCAUGGUGUCAUUGACCAGUAUGUCUUCUUGCAGUCGUACGAUGGCAAACCAAGAUUUUGGAAUCUGCUGCACACUCUAACAGUCGGAAUGGUGGAAAAAAAGGAUGAAGGGGUAGAGCUAGGUGAGGCCAUCAGUAUUCCAGAUUGCCUGAAGCCUGUUAUUCUGGACAAGCUUCGCUCUCUGCACCUUACGAAGGCUUACCUCGCCAAGACGAUUAAGUCACUGCCAGAGAAAGGACAGAGGGAGAAAUACAGAUGGGCCUGCUUUGAACUGCCAACAUCCUCUCACAUCAUUCUGGUAUGGCACAUCGCCACCAGCCUUUGUGAGAUAGAGCUGGCUAAAGGCAAUGGCGUCGAUCUAACAAAACCUGGGUUCCUUUGCAAUCUCUUGUCAUGCUUCACUACGUGCUGCUCCUCCAAAUCAUAUCUUAUGGAUGAAAACAAAUUAAGUGGUAAACUUCAGGAAAGCUACAUCAUUGCAAAUAGCCUGUCGCGGUACUGUGCAUAUCUGCUUGUUUCAAAGCCUGAAAUGAUCCCUGACAGCUUCCUCGUGCCCAAGAUAGUACUCCAAGAAACCAUUAAGUAUGCUCGUGAUCAAUUACUGAAAGACCAUGACUCGCUACAGAGCAAAUAUGACAAAUUAAUAGAACAAGCACAGAAUGCUGACAAAGUAAUGGAAAGGGAGAAUAUUCUGCAACAAGGUGCCAUUCUGGGAAACCAGCUCAUCAGUUCCGAGAGUGAAGAAGACCGUUGGGUGAUCCUGUCCGAGCAGCACACAAGAAGUCCCUCGAGUCAGGAGGCGAGUUCAUUACCCACAUCUGGGCAUUGCUAUGGCAUUGUGGGAUUGAGAAGAGCAAACUGUGGCCAGUGGAAGAUGUUCCUGAUGAGAACAAUGCCCCCUGGAGCACGAACAGCUCGGGACGACAAUACUGAAAGUGGCAGUGAUCAGACUAAGCAAGAGAUGCAGCAAGCUGAUGCAAAAAUAGGGAUAAAAGAGGAAGCAGACACAUCUAGAUCAGAUUUGAUGCAGGGAUCUGCAGGUGCACAGGUGCAGAAUGGUAAGGUGGAGAAUGGAGUCCAUGGAAAGGAUGGGAUUAAUGUGGAAUGUGCAGAUGUGGAUGGCACAUGGAUAGAUCAUCAGACUGAAGAACACAGUGAUCAGGAGGACACGGAAGAACAAAAACAAAUGGUGGUGGUGGAUCGAAACACGCAUGCAGAAGAUGCAGGUGAAGGGGUAGCCAGCGUGCAGAGUGAGAACAUUGUAACAGGCAGAGCCAUACCCUUGCCUCAUCAGAGCGUGGUUAGAGGGAUGAAGAAUCUCGGGAACACGUGCUACUUCAACGCAGUUCUGCAGAGCCUCCUUGCACUUGGUAACAUGCGUGUGAGCAUGUUAGAACCAGAUGCUCUGCCUCUGAAAGGUUCACUUGGCCAAGAACUGAAGAACCUCUUCAUGGAGACAACCUAUGGCAACAAUGAUGCCAGCAUCCCGCUGGUGCCAGAGAACCUCUUCAAUAUUAUGUGCUCACGCAAUUCAAAAUUCCAACGCGGCGUGACGGAAGACAGCAAUAUCAUGCUCAUCUCUUUGCUUGAUGGUUUGAAUGAUGAGGAACCAGGCAUGGUCGAGUCCCUCUUCUAUGGCCAGGUUGGUAAAAAUCUACGUUGCAAAGCAUGUGGGCACGCCACAUAUAAGGACGGAGAGAAGCUUGAUCUCAGUUUGGCGAUACCGUCAAAGAAACCAGUAUCAGUUGAGGACUGCUUGGACUUCAAUGCCCGGGAGAAUAUCCGGGGUUGGCGCUGUACAGACUGUUUUUCUGCUGCUGGAAAUGCCUCUACGAACCAAACUGAGCAGUCAGACAGUGGAACACACCUAAAGGCGCAACCCAGCUAUCCACCUGAUGAGAAACAAAUAAGUGCACCAGACAACAAUGAAGAUGAACAUCAAGUGGAACAAACCCAGAAAGUGGAAAAGAAGAUAUGCAGUCAAAUAACCAAGGCACCACCUGUACUAAUUAUUCAGCUGAAGAGAUUUAACUAUGAUCCACGUGCACCACAUGAUAAGACCCAGAAGUUGGGGGAACCUGUGAUCUUUGAGGAGACACUGGAUAUAACGAAGUUCAUGCACCCCUGGCAUACAGAAAAUGAAGACUACAAAUAUCAUCUUGUUGCUGUCAUUGUACACGAGGGACAAACAUUGGAUGGAGGACACUAUAUUACCUUUCUGAGAGCGAGCAGGAUUGGGUAUCAGCAGCCGGUGAGUGGUGCUGCUAGCACAUGGUUCUAUGUAAGUGAUGAGCACGUCCGAGAUGCCUCUCUAGAGGAGGUGCUUGGGUCUCAGGCCUACAUUCUUUUCUAUGAAAGACUAAAACAGCCAAAUGUUAAUACAAGUCUGGAGACACACAGCUCAUCGAUCACUCAUCAGCGGAACAGUAAGCAAUGA